AUGAGGCAAACUAGGAAAAGUCAGGUUGGUAGAUGGAUAGCUAUCGUUGGUACCGUGAGCGCCAUCGCUAUCGCAGCUGGGGCAGCUAUCCACUACUUAUCGGGUCCGCCAGUAUCAGAUAACAAGGACUCAUCGAAGAGAAAGUCAAGGUGUGUAGUUAUUACAGAUUCUGUUGCUGCUUCGAAAGAGUUCAAUUGGGAUGAUUUCUUGACUAGGGACAUCGUCCUGCUAGUCGCUCCAGGCAUUCACUUUUCUCAAGAAAGCUUCAAAGUAAUUCAUUGUGACACUAUGGUUGGAUUAUGGUCUUGCGUAAGGCAUCUAAAGAAAGAUCAAUUACUUUUGGAGCAGAGCGAGAUCAAUGAAUCCAUACCGGUCGAUAUACCCAGAUACACGAAGGAAAUCCUGAACAUUUCCUGUUUGCAAGACGACUGA